AUGUAAUACAUAUGACAAACAAAAUUCAUAUACAAUAGGAAAUUCACAUACAUUUGAAUGCAGUUUUAAUUAGUCUUAUAGUGACUAUCAGUUUGUAGUCAAUCAGUAUUAUGUCGACUAAACUAACGGUUAAUACCUAUUAACACAAAUUGGAUUCAAUAUAAAAGUGUUAAUAAACAGGAUGGACUUCAAAAUGAGUGGACAGUUGUCUGUGGCUAUACUACUGGUCCUAUUAUUAUGGCUAACGGUGUCUACGUGUAUGGCCAGUGAAAUGGGAGAGUUAGGUGAUUUUACAUCUACUGUUCCCUCAACAUCUACCGGUGCUCCUAUACAACCGUCAGUGACUUAUAUGUCCGGAAGGGGACUGUUAGCCUAUUCCGCGAUUUCAUACAUUUUGUAUAAGUAUUAUUGUUAUUAAUAUUUAAUUUAUUUUAAUAAUAUGUAAUGUUUGAUUUUAAUUUUGACCAAGACAAUUAUCGGCG